AUGGACAAGAAGGAGAUCUAUGGGAACUGGAAUGAUAGUUAUGUGCAGCCUGCGGCCGAGAAAUGGCUUGGAGAUUUUUGCAAGAAGAACUUUGAAGGAUGGGACGAAGAAGCUGUAGGAGAGGGGCGUAUACGUGCUUGGACAGGCAUUCAAUGUGCUACCCAAGAUACGCUUCCUCUCAUCGGAAGCGUUCCUCUCCAGCAGCUGCAGGACGAGAAACAGGGCAAUGAAGGGCUUUAUAUCGCUGCCGGGUUCCAAGGACACGGCAUGGCCCGCAUAGUUCUCUCCACCAAAUACCUCGCGGAAUACAUCACCACCGGUCAAUGGAAUGACGGUCUUCCGAGCUCUUUCAUCAUCACGCAAGAGAGACUUGAGAGAGGAAACAAGGCGCCGCCAUAUAUCACGCCUGGGGAGAAGAUCGGUGGGGUCAGGGGAUGGGUGGUGGGUGUGGUGGAUGGGGUCCAGUCCUUACAACGAUGA